AUCUCGGUCUGGACGUCGGCUUUGAGAAUCCAGAGUUGGAGGGUGGCUUCUUUCCUCCCAUUGGCUGAAUUGUCUAGGAGGCGGAGCUAACAAGCAAACAGGGCCUAGAGACGAAGACGCUAAAGAGAAACCCGGAAGGAGCACUUGGACGCACUUCCGGCGCGCUAAGCAGGGAAGAUGGCUGCAUCCCAACCUCAGGCUUCUGCAGCUUCUUCUGCUGCUGCUGGUGUGUCGGGUCCGGGUUCGGCUGGCGGCUCGGGUCCUCAGCAGCAGCCGCAACCACAGGCACAGUUGGUGGGGCCUGCCCAGGGCGGGCUUUUGCAGCAACAGCAACAGGACUUCGAUCCUGUACAGCGAUAUAAGAUGCUCAUCCCGCAGCUAAAAGAGAGUCUGCAGACCCUGAUGAAGGUUGCAGCCCAGAACUUGAUUCAGAACACUAACAUUGACAAUGGACAAAAGAGCAGCGAUGGACCCAUACAGCGCUUUGACAAGUGUCUGGAGGAGUUCUACGCACUCUGUGACCAGCUGGAGCUCUGCCUGCGCCUGGCACAUGAGUGCCUGUCACAGAGUUGCGACAGUGCCAAGCACUCUCCGACGCUGGUGCCUACAGCCACCAAGCCCGAUGCCGUGCAGCCUGACAGCCUGCCCUACCCACAGUACCUGGCGGUCAUCAAAGCCCAGAUUGCCUGUGCCAAGGACAUUCACACUGCUCUCCUGGACUGCGCCAACAAGGUCACAGGCAAGACGCCUGCGCCACCAGCAGGCCCUGGGGGCACCCUGUGAGUUGGCCAGACUAGGAAUGGGGCAGGCAGUGGGGGAGGGGGACAGGGAGGGAAUGAAAAGUGGCCUCAAAGCAGCUUCGUCUCUGACUUUUCUUCCCACUGAACACUGCGGCCGGAGCCAGCAGGGGGCACCAGAGGCCAGCAGGGAGUGCGCAGGGUGGGGCCUGGCCUCUGCCCUCUGCCUUUUCUCCUCCCUGGCUGAGAGUAGGCUUUGGAUUGUGCCUGGAGGUGACCUCUUCAGGGUCUCUCCCAGCCCUGGUCUGGGCAUGGAGCCCUGGUUUGGCUCCACUCCUUCUGUCCUUCCUUGAUUCUAUCCUGUCUAGAAGCGGUCUCUGUCUGCUCCUUUUUCUAGCUGUUUCUCUGUGUCUUGUGUCAUUCGGUCUCUUUUUGUCACCAUCUCCCUGUCUCUCUCCUCGUCCCCCUUGGCUGUCUUCUGCCUAACUGGAACUCUGUGUCUCUGCAUGGGGGCUCGGAUGGAGGCCAGAACCUCAGAGUUACCUGGGACCCGGGGCAGGAGCUUCAUUUCCAGGGCCCAUAGCCACGCCCAGGGAGCACCUCCCAGGUCAGCUCAGCUCCCAGUCUGCUUGACCCAGGAAAGGGGAAGUGGAGGGGUCUAGGCCUUGACCUCAAUACGCUUGGUCGGUCGGGGAGCAAGCCAGGCCCCCACCCAUACCCAGGGCCUGCGUCAGGUCAGCAGCGCUCAAACGAGGGCCAUUGUGCAAUCUGCAGUGAAGCCUGGCCCAGCUGGAUGCCUGGGUCCCUAUAUUUUUAGCCCCAAAGGAGAAGUGAAAGGGCCCCAGCAGGGGUGACUCAUCAGUCUUGGGGAAGAACCCAGGCUCCUGGGCCCUAGCUCCGGGAAGCAGACCUUGGGGAGGGGGCUUCGGGGAGGGAAUGCCCCCCCAGACUCCCCACUUCCCUGAGAGGGAGCCGCAAGGAUCUCAGCCGCGGCUUCAAGCCUGGACAAGUGUAGGGCGGAGCUACCAGCCCAGGCCCAGCUGGUGGGGUGCGAAAGGCUCCGGUGACUCAACCCUCAGCCCUCAGCCCGGUUGGGGGACUGCCCCACCCAACACCUUCUGUGCCCUGGUUCCCAUGGCACCACCCAUAGGCCUCCUGUCCUGGACCCUACAUCUGCAAGGAAAACCCAGGGCCAUAGAGACCUGUGAUUCACCCAGAGUCCAAGUCCCACACUGUAAUCCUGGGAAACGGCCAACCCUGUGUGUAUGUGUGUGUGUGUGUGUGUGUGUACGAGUACACGUCCCAGAAAGUUCCUUCUCUUUCUCCCUGACCUUCCUUAAAGGGCCAGGGACAUGGGGCAAGCCCCUGGCAGGACAACAAACCUCUUGGGCAGGAGCUGAAGCUGCUGUCCACAGGUGGAAUUUCUUCUUCAAGGAAGCCACAGUUCUGCCCACUUAUCUAACUGCAGCAGCCCCUGCAUAUGAUUCCUCAGAUCUUCCAGGAUCUUCUCCUUUACUUAAAGUCAACUGACUCCAGCCUUUAAAUCACAUCAAAAUACCUUCAUAGCAUCAUCGAGAUGAGUGUGUCUAAGUAACAGGAAUGUUAACCUAGCCAAUUUGACACGUAAAACCAUCACAACUUUGUCCUCGUCAGUUUGGCACCCAUACACAUCUCUUUAACCAUAUUUAAUCUCCAAGUAACUACAAAAACAUCCUAUCUCAGCCUGACAUGAUGCAGUUACCUGUGUUCAGCCAAAAAUGCACUCUUUCCCCAGAAAAGCCCACCUGCUUCCAGCCUGGGGGCACACACCUCACAGCAGACAUGCGUCAGUCCCCAGGCACACACCCUCAGAAAGAGGUACAGCUGGCCCUGUGGGGUGGAGUCAGCCAAACAGCCUCACACAUGGAUGGGGACAUGACAUCCCAGCAGCCAUGACACAGGGCCCAACAGUGCUUAAAACCCACACCCAGGGAGAUGACGGAGACACGUGGUGGGCAGUGGGGUGACUGAUGCCCAGUUCAGCAGCCACACACAGGGAAGUUGUGCACCAGGAAGUGUAAUUCAUUCAAUACAUUCUUCUAGUUUGGUCCAAGCCCUGUACAGUGUAACCCAAAGAUCCCUGCCUUCCUGGAGAUGAUAUUCUAGUGACAGUUCUAAGUGUGAGAUAAAACACAGUAUGCCGGAAGUCCCAUGAAGGAAAAUAAAGCAGAGGCAUGAGAUCAGAAGUGGAAAAGAGGGAGUUCUCCUGUGGCCCAGCAGGUUAAGGAUCUGGCGUUGUCACUGCAGCAGUGGCUCGGAUCUGCUCCUGUGGCCCAGGUCUGACCCAAGGACUGCCACAUGCUACAGGCAUGGCAAAAAAAAAAAAAAAAAAAAAAAAAAAAAAA